ACACAACAACAAACAGACGACGGAAGCUCAAGGAGAGAACUUGAAGAUGACUGCCAAAACACUGGUAUGGAGUGAACAAAAUGGGGAUAUAUGGAAAAUAGCAAAUGAAUUGCAUGAACAAGCAAUGCAAGUGGAUGUGUAUCUUCAGGCAACAGGUAAUGAAGUCUUUUCCGAAAAUGAAUGUGGUAUCUCUGCUGCAUCACCAACAGCUGCAGAGAGACAAUGUUACAAGAGAAUUAUCACAUUUCCGGCACAUAGACUUAUGCUUGCUGCAGCAUCUCCCUUUCUUAGAAAGGUCCUGAAUGAACAUUAUUAUGAUCACCGAGAUGCCUGUGUAAAUAUAUCAAUACCUCAAGUUUCCGCUGAGACUCUUCAAUACAUAUUAGAUUUCAUAUACUGUGGAAACAUGAAUAUACCUUCAACAGCUAAAGAGCAGGUGUUAGAAGCUGCCAAAAUGCUGCAGGUUGUGAGUCUCAUUCAUUAUUUUCAGCCUGAUUACAUGAAUCAUGGUGGGAAGAAUAUCAGUGUCAUUUCAGAAGAGUUUAGAGACCAGUCAGGUGAUGAUGCAAUUAAAGUUCCUCCAAAGAAAAGAGGGAGGAAAAGAAAGGUUUUAAAGUCAGAUUUGAGCGCAGAGGAGUUACAUUUUUUUACCCCAGAAGUAAAGAGAGAAGAUUUGCAAAGUGAAUUAAGACAGGAUGAAGGAGAUAUUUUUGGAAGAUGCAGAAGGAGAAUUAAGAGUAGGUACAGUUCUGACAUAUAUGAAGUCAGUCUGCCAAAGUUACGGAAAUUUAAGACACGAACACUUAGUUCAACAGGAAAAAAGGAAGGCAAAAAAAUUGAUCACUCAGAAGAUGAUUCCCUCCAAGCUAUGGAGGAUGAAAAUCAUCACACAUAUGCCUUAAACAAUCCUGAGGUUUGCAAAUUAGAACCUGAAUCUAUAAACAACAGUGAUGCUGAUCAGGGAAAUCCCAGUGACAGAAAAACUUCAACAACUAUAUCUUCUAGUAUCAGCACUGCACUUGAUUUGAGCUCACCAAAAUCUGAACAAAUUCAGUCUCAUCUUGUGACUUUACCAUCAUCAUCCCCAUCUUUGGUGCCAUCUGUUGUUAUCCCACAUUUAUUUGCAUCAGCUAGCUCUUACUUACAAGAGUCAGCCAGACCACAGAGCCUUACAGAAAUAUCAUGUGGAUCAUUUAUGGGAGAGAGGUCUUCAGGGGGAGUUUUAUCGAAGCAAUCAUAUGAAGUUUCCCCCUUAGUUGCAGUUUCCUCUGCAUCACCACAGUCAUCCCACAUUAAUGAACUGUCUGUUAUAACCCCUCCAUCAGCAACCAGUACAUCAUUAGAUAAUAACACACUGAAACAACAGCCUAUGUUAAGCGAGUCACAGCCAAUUGCAAGUUCCUUACACGAAGAAGAGGAGGAACCAGAAGAAGAAGAUGGCCUCUUUAAGUUACAGGUCUUGUUAAAAGAGUGUGAAGAUUUCUCAGGAGGAGUUAAUACCAAUGCUGGUGUUUCUCUGAAUGGCACCAGUGGAGAAAACAUCACUGUUGGCUAUGGUGCUGAAGAAGGAGAAGAUGGUGUUGAUAUAAAUCAGUGGAUAUCAGAAGAGAUACAUAAUUACAUAAUUCCUAAGCUUGAAACAUCAGCUCAUUCAGCUCCUGGAGAUUAUAGUGGUGUGAGAGCAGCAAUAACAACAACAAAUUUACAAGAGGAGAAAUUUGAAAAUAUUGAUGAGAACACCAAAUGUGACAGCAAAUCACUUGAAUCAUCAGAUCAGGAGAAGAAGACUGAAUAUGAAUCUACAAGUCUUGUGUUUGAGAAUACGGAGAAGAACUGUUUUGAAUGUGAAAUAUGUGGAAAGACAUAUUCUGACCUAAGAAGCUGCCAGGCACACAUACGGGGAGUGCAUCUUGAAGCUCGCCAAAUGUGCAAGCACUGUGGUAAAAUGUUCAAGAGGCGUUGUGACUUGUACCAGCAUGAGAGAAGACACAGUGAGGCAAAUGUUCCUUGUAAGGUAUGUGGCAAGAAUUUCAAGCUUCGGAAGGACCUUGCUGCUCAUAUGGCCACACAUAUCGGAAGGAAGAAAUUCAGCUGCAAUGAUUGUGACAAGGAGCUCACUUCAUUGCGUAACCUGAAGAACCACAUUGCAAGUGUCCAUAAAAAGCAGAGAGCCUUUGAAUGUCACAUCUGCAAAAAGACUUAUUCCAAAGCAUGUUCCUUACAGGUUCACAUGAGAUCAGUUCAUACUGGAGAAAGGCCCUUCAAAUGUAAUGUAUGCAGUAAAAGAUUCUGUGACCCCGCAUUACUUAAACUACAUCAUGCUGUCCACACUGGGGAGCGGAAAUAUUCUUGUACGCUAUGUGAUCGUCGCUUCAAUCAAUACAGCAAUAUGAUCAGCCACCAGAGGGUACAUUCCAAUGAGCGACCUUUCACAUGUGUGAUAUGCAAGGAAAAUUUUAAAACUAAGGAAGGCCUCUUGAAACAUAAGUGGGUGCAUACAGGACUAAAGCCCUUGAAAUGCAGCCAUUGUUCCAAGGAAUUCCGCAUCAAGGAGAGUUAUGAAAGGCAUAUGCUCAAGAGUCAUGGUGAGGUUGUUCAUCUUCCGGAAAUAUAUUUUGAGGUGCCUGAAGACAGCAAAGCUUCUGUCAGUACUAAUGCUAAGGUGAUAAGAAGUUUGGGAGAUUCAGAUAUUCAGGAAGUAGCAUCCAUCUCUUUGUCUGAUGAUAUAAGUGAAAAAUCAGUUGAAAAGGAAGAAGACAUGACUGGUGACAUUAAUCAAGAUAUGGUUCCUGUGGUUCAGUUUGUGAGAGAAAUCGGGCAAGAGGAAAGCCCAGCCAUUCAGUUAUCAGCUGACACCACAAACCAUAUUGAGCUGAACUACCCUCUUUUGGCUUCAAAUGCAGAUCCAAGUGGAAAUGGUGCUGUAAUAAGCAAUUUGACUAACCAUAUUACUUCUGAGUCAGAUGUUCCUCAGUCCAUUGAUGUGGAGUCCUUGUUACAGAAUGGUGUCAAUACAAGAGUCAGUAACUCAGUUGUGAUGACCAAAGAAAAUCAGGCUGAUAUUUUAUCAACACAGCUUCAUGAAACUGUUAUGAUUAUUAAUGAGGCAUCUGAUAACAGCAAUGAAGUUUUAAGUGAUAGCAUUCAUCAGUCAUCUGCCAUCAAAAUAUGGGUUCCCCGAGAUGAUUCUGUUGCUGGAGAUACACAGAAUGACUCAGGAAGUAGAACCAACAUUUUGAUAGUAUCAGAUGAAAGCUUCUCAGAUUCUGCACAAGCCCUUACGGUUUUAGGCUCUCAGGUGGUCUCUCCCCAUGUAGUCCAGACAAUGGUCCUAAACAGAUCAAAGAAUCAAGUAUGUGAGAUCAAUGUAUCUGAGGAGAUACAGAGUUAAAUGUAUCUGACUAGUCAUGUUAAGUUGAAUAUCAAUGGAUUUCCUAUCUUUUAUAUUGUUACAAGGUAGUUUUUUUGUUCACAGUAGAUAUUGUUAAACAUUGUUUUUAUAAGUGAAUAUAUGUGCAGAAUAGGUACUUUUUGCUAUAUUUAUAUAAAUCUAUAGAUGUGCCACCCAAAGUGUCCUACAAAAA